GCCGGGAGGAGGGGGAGCGGCUGUUCCCCUGGUCAAGACGGGGGGUGCGGGGUAGGGUGGGGAUGCCGCCGGCUCGGGGAGGGGCCGCAGCUCCGUCAGCCCGGCAGAGCCACCGCGAGCUCGGCGCGAGCAAAGCGGGAGACCCAGUUCCCUGCUCACCAGCUCGCUAGCUCUCCCAAUCACUCCCUCCUUUCCUCCCUCCCUUCCUCCCAGCGGCCGCGGCGGCAGCGCUGGGGAAGCAGCGAAGAGGAGUGGCCCGGCCCUGGAAGAAUGCGGCUUUGCCGAGGGGGCAGAACCCGACGCAGUCUCCCCACGGUUUAAGCAGCCUGACCCGAGCCCAGGCGACCCAACUGUGUCAGUCACGGACCCGGCACCCGAACCACUGGAGGUCCUGAUUGAUCUGCCUACCGGAGCCUCCGGGCUUCGACAUGCUGGAGGAGCCCCAGCUGCGGCCUCUGCCCUCGGGCCUCACGGGUCUCCUGUUCCUGGCGCUGUGCAGUCGGGCUCUAAGCAAUGAGAUUCUGGGCCUGAAGGUGCCGGGAGAACCUCCGCUGACGGCCAACACCGUGUGCUUGACGCUAUCUGGCCUCAGCAAGCGGCAGCUGGGCCUGUGCCUGCGCAGCCCCGACGUGACGGCGUCCGCGCUGCAGGGGCUGCACAUCGCGGUCCACGAGUGUCAGCACCAGCUGCGCGACCAGCGCUGGAACUGCUCUGCGCUCGAAGGCGGCGGCCGCCUGCCGCACCACAGCGCCAUCCUCAAGCGCGGUUUCCGUGAGAGUGCUUUUUCCUUCUCCAUGCUGGCUGCUGGGGUCAUGCACGCGGUAGCCACGGCCUGCAGCCUGGGCAAGCUGGUGAGCUGCGGCUGCGGCUGGAAGGGCAGUGGUGAGCAGGAUCGGCUGAGGGCCAAACUGCUGCAGCUCCAGGCACUGUCCCGGGGCAAGAGUUUCCCCCACUCCUUGCCCAGCCCUGGCCCUGGCUCAGGCCCCAGCCCUGGCCCCCAGGACACAUGGGAAUGGGGUGGCUGUAACCAUGACAUGGACUUUGGAGAGAAGUUCUCUCGGGAUUUCUUGGAUUCCAGGGAAGCUCCCCGGGACAUCCAGGCAAGAAUGCGAAUCCACAACAACAGGGUGGGGCGCCAGGUGGUAACUGAAAACCUGAAGCGGAAAUGCAAAUGCCAUGGCACGUCAGGCAGCUGCCAGUUCAAGACAUGCUGGAGGGCGGUCCCAGAGUUCCGGGCAGUGGGGGCGGCGUUGAGGGAGCGGCUGGGCCGGGCCAUCUUCAUCGAUACCCACAACCGCAAUUCUGGAGCCUUCCAACCCCGCCUGCGUCCCCGUCGCCUCUCAGGAGAGCUGGUCUACUUUGAGAAGUCUCCUGACUUCUGUGAGCGAGACCCCACCAUGGGCUCCCCAGGCACGAGGGGCCGGGCCUGCAACAAGACCAGCCGCCUGUUGGAUGGCUGUGGCAGCCUGUGCUGUGGCCGUGGGCACAACGUGCUUCGGCAGACACGAGUCGAGCGCUGUCAUUGCCGCUUCCACUGGUGCUGUUACGUGCUAUGUGAUGAGUGCAGGGUCACAGAGUGGGUCAAUGUGUGUAAGUGAGGGUCAACCUCACCUUGGGGCUGGGGAAGGGGACUGUGGGGGGAGCACCUUUUAAGCUCUAUACUUUGAUUUCUAUCCAGGGUCAAUCUUGGUCCUUGGAAGCUCAAAGCAUCUACCUGGAAACAGCUUUGAGGGUGGUGGGGGUCAGGCAGAGUUUGGGAUGUGCAGCCUUCUCCUACAUAGUUGAAGGGCCUGAGGGUGGGGGAGCCACCACUCUCUCUGCUCCUUAGAUACCCGAAUGGACUAAGAUGAAAUGCACUGUAUUGCUCCUCCUUCUCACCUCCAGUGUCCCUUUAGUUCUGAUUCAUAUUCCUUUUGGCUGGGGAGUUUCUCUAGCUUGACAACUCUUCUCCAUUAAGGGAUAAUAAUCCCAGGCAUUCUUUGGAGCCAUAAGACCUGUAUCUGGAAAGAGACCACCCACUUCUAUUUCCUGUUCUUAAAUUCCUCUAAGUGCAGCCUGGGCUCCCUCUUGUGGGGUAAUGGGAGACAGUGGUAGAGAGGUUUUUCUUAGGGAAGAGACAGAGUGCUGAGGGGCACUCUCCUGAGUGGUCAGAGAGUCUGUCCAGCCCGCUAGGGAAGUUUUUCCUUCCAUUUGGAUGCUAGAGGGGACCUUCCAAAGGAAGGGUUUUUCCUGACUCUUGGAGUCUCUUUUUCCUUCUUCAGCAGGAGGGGUGGGAUUGAAUAAUUUAUUGUACUGAGACUUGUUCUUAGUUCCUGUUUGAAACGAAAAUAAAUGAAGUUACUGGA